GUAUACGCUCUUCGCUGUUCUCUUCUUAUAUCUUUCAAAAGGAUUUGCAAUGUUUGACCAUAUUUGUGUGUCUCCACCUCUAAUUUGUCCGAAUGAAAAUGUUUCUUUUUGGCUAUACACCAGGGCAAAUGAAAACAAUCCUCACGAGUUAAAAGUCUCGGACACAGAUUCCAUAGCUUCAGCUCCUUGGGUUAAAAAUAGUCCAAUUAAGAUUUUAAUACAUGGCUAUACGGGACACAGAGACUUCUCUCCUAACACGGAAAUAAGGCCAGCAUACAUGGAAUGCUGUGACUACAACAUAAUAUCCGUUGACUACAAUAAAAUCGCAUUGGAGCCAUGUUACAUUCAAGCCGCUCGCAACACUGAGCUGGUAGGAAUGUGCCUAGCGCAGUUGAUUGACGAAAUGGUGCAGAAUCAUGGCUUCGAGCUCGGACAGUUUCAUGUUAUAGGCUUUAGUCUAGGCGGGCAAACUGCCGGAUAUGUUUCCAACUAUCUAAAGUCAGGCACACUUAAUAGAAUUUCAGGACUUGAUCCUGCUUUACCUUUAUUUGCAACGAUGGAUAAAUUGAAGAAACUCGAUUCAAGCGAUGCGCACUAUGUGGAUGUUCUUCACACUAAUGCCUUAGCGAAAGGGAAAUUAGAAUCUAGUGGUCACGCAGACUUUUAUUCUAAUGGAGGUGUCGUCCAACCUGGUUGUACAUCUACUGAAAACCAAACAAAAUCCGGUUGUGACCACGCUAGAGCGCCGAUCUAUUACGCAGAAUCAAUUUUAACGACCACGGGAUUUUAUGCAAAAAAAUGCUACUCCUGGAUGACUUACAUAAUUGGAUGGUGUGAUCUAUACUAUCGCAGUGAUGAAGUACUGUACGGUGAAUAUGUAUCGGAAAAUACUACAGGUAUUUUCUUCUUUAGUACCAACUCGGAGCCUCCCUACGCUCGUGGCCCUAAUACUUUGAACUAG